AUGGCGUCUCCCGCGCAGAAGCGCGUCAACGUCGUGGUAUCCAGGCUCAUUCCGCCUGUGUUACUCGGCGCUGUCAUAUACGCUUCUUAUGCGGUCACGAAACCGUUAUCCAUCGACUAUCUAAUCCAUCCCUUACCCUCCUAUAACCGAGGCCCACGAGUCGGCGCUGGCGCCGCGAUCAUCGCGAUCUAUUACGUCCUUUUAAUUCCCAUGGUCGUUUCUUAUAUGCGACUCUAUUAUCAAGUCCUGUGGAAUCCCGGAUACCUUCCCCUCGGUGAACAAAAAUUGGCCGAUGACGAAAGCAUAAAGCAAUCGAAGCGCCGUGGGAAGAAAGGCACACGCAAAGCCGAUCCGGAGAAGACAAACCAGGCAGACAUGGAUGUGGAAAGGGGCUCAAACUCCACUGCUGUAGGCACCGCCGUGCAGUCAGAUAUUGGGUUGGAGAGCUUCUACACUAAAGAUGUCUUCGUCUGCCAGGAGGAUGGCCGGCCCCUAUGGUGCACUACGUGCUGUCAGUACAAGACAGACCGGGCGCACCACUGCCGCGAAUUAGGUCGCUGUGUGCGCAAAAUGGAUCACUUUUGUCCUUGGGUUGGAGGUGUGGUGUCGGAGACAUCCCUCAAAUUCUUCAUUCAAUUCGUUGCUUAUACUAGCAUAUUUUGUACCUUUGUUCUUAUUGUGUCCGCUUAUUUUACAGCGGAGAUCCGACGCCAGACCGGAGGAGCAAACCCUCAUUGGUGUGUCUGUAUUGGACUGAGCGGCCUUUUCGCCUUCUUCACCGCCGGUAUGACAUUGAGCUCAGUUCAAAUGGGCGUCGCCAACAUCACAACAAUCGAAAACCUAAAUCGGGGCAGCGUCGUCUGGACCCUCGCCAUCCGUGUCCCAGAAUACCUCCUCGAACGACUCUGGGCAGCCGAGUCCCCCUGGGCUCCGACAUUCCGCAUGGUCUCCUACCCACUACAAACAUCAUCGUCUCCAACCCAGCUGCAAACCACAAUCCCCUCUCCGGACGAAGACGUGGUUCCGGGCGAACGCCACGUCUUCGCCAUCCUCCAUACUUUGCCGGGCCAGAAUCCCUUCGACCUAGGCAGUUCAUUGAAAAAUCUCCAGCAGAUCAUGGGAUACAAUAUCGUCGAUUGGCUGCUGCCGAUCAAGCAGAGUCCGUGUGCUGACCAUAGUAGCAUGGAGAGUUAUUUUGCCCUGGGUCCCGUGGUGACCCGCUUGCGGCUUGAGGCUGGACUAACCCCGCCCGAAACCGGGGCUGUUCCGCAAUCCCCACACCCAGGACGUAACCACCGGCAACAAUCUCCUAGUGAUCAAUAG